ACAAACAGAUUGACUUGAACAAAGUAAGGAAAAAGCAAGAGAGGGGAGGGGAGGGGGAAAAAGAAAAAGAAGAAGAAAGAAAAGCAAAAGAGAAUAAAAAGGUAAAGAGAUAAAGAUUAAAGAGAGUCCCUUCGCAGCACAUCGCAUCGUGGGCAGCACCCAAGGAGGCUCAAGUGCUAAAUGCUAACUAACUCAUCGCCAGUCUUCAGUUUAAGGGAAAACAAAAAUCUGGCUUCUAUCGGCAAUUGAUUCGGUUUAGUUGUGGUAAAUGGAUGUCACUGGAGAAUUUGGUUUGGCCUUCUGAAUAAAGACUUCGUCUUCAUUCCUGGGGAUGCUAUAAAUUGUUUCGCAUUGGUUUUCUCCUAUCUGGAUUUACGUCAUACGCAAUUUUACGAUCAAUUGGAUCACCGUAUUGGGAAGUUUUAUUAGAAUCGGGUUGAUUAUUGAAGAAAGCGAAUCAUUUGAUUUGUCGGGCCCUUUUAACUGGUGAGUCGGCGGAGGAACACGGUGUAUUUUUGGUCUUUAUGCCAUUUUGAACAUCUAGAUAAAAACCUGGGCGAACAUCUGAGUAGAACAACUUAUUACAGUUGGUGCUUGGCGGCGUACUGAAGGUCUUGUUCAUAAUGGAUCAUGUGAUUGCUGGCAAGUUCAAACUGGGAAGGAAAAUUGGGAGUGGGUCUUUUGGAGAGCUUUAUUUAGGUGUUAACGUUCAAACUGGAGAGGAGGUGGCUGUUAAGCUGGAACCUGUGAAGAGCAGGCAUCCACAGCUGCAAUAUGAAUCAAAAUUAUAUAUGCUUCUUCAAGGAGGAACGGGGAUUCCUCACCUCAAGUGGUUUGGAGUUGAGGGAGACUACAAUGUUAUGGUUAUUGACCUUCUUGGGCCAAGCUUAGAAGAUCUGUUCAACUAUUGCAACCGGAAGUUCAGCUUAAAGACAGUGUUGAUGCUUGCUGAUCAAUUAAUUAACAGGGUUGAAUAUAUGCAUUCAAGAGGAUUUCUUCAUCGUGACAUAAAGCCUGACAAUUUUUUAAUGGGUCUAGGGCGCAAAGCUAACCAGGUUUACAUCAUUGAUUAUGGACUUGGAAAGAAGUAUAAGGAUCUCCAGACUCAUAAGCACAUACCAUACAGAGAAAACAAGAACCUGACUGGCACAGCUCGCUAUGCAAGUGUCAACACUCAUCUUGGAAUUGAACAAAGCAGAAGAGAUGAUCUGGAAUCUCUUGGUUAUGUGCUCAUGUACUUCUUAAGAGGAAGUCUUCCCUGGCAAGGUCUGAAGGCCGGCAAUAAAAAACAGAAGUAUGAUAAGAUUAGUGAGAAGAAAUCAUCAACUCCAAUAGAGGUUCUCUGCAAAUCAUACCCAUCUGAGUUUGUAUCCUACUUCCACUAUUGCCGAUCAUUACGGUUCGAGGACAAGCCAGAUUAUUCAUAUCUAAAGAGGCUUUUCCGAGACUUGUUUAUUCGAGAAGGCUCUCAGUUUGACUAUGUUUUUGACUGGACUAUACUGAAAUAUCCUCAGAUUGGUGGCAGUUCUAAAGGGCGGCUUGGCAAUGGCAAGGCACUUAUGAAUGCAGGACCAUCUGUGCAAAAACCAGAGAAGAUCCCAGCUGGGAAGGAUAUUCGAGAGAAAUUUUCUGGUGGUGUUGAAGCAUUUUCCCGAAGGAAUCCCACAAGUUCUAGUCCUCAUGGUGAUCACACCAGAAAUAGGAUUUUCGAGGAGGUGCCAUCUCGCAGGGAUGUGUAUGAUCAAGAAAAGGGACGCAGUUCCUCUCGAUAUGGAAGCAGUUCAAGAAAAGCCAUAAUCUCAUUGAACCGGCAGAGUUCCUCCGGUGACCAUACUGACAGCCGUGCCAGCUGGCUGACAUCGGGUGGCAACCGCCCAUCUAGUGCAUAUAGAACUCAAGCUGUGCAUGAGGCCAAACAACCAAGUUUGACACGCAAUGCAUCUUCAAGAGCCAAUCGUGAUGAUGCUCUCAGGAGCUUUGAGCUCCUCUCUAUUAGAAAGUAAAUGGGGGUAUCAUCUUGCAAGGGUCUCACGUGGCAUUUUUAAAAUUCUUGAGCAGCGAAAUGCUUGAUCAUGUUUUUAUCCGAUGACGAUUUCACAUUCUGGAGUUUAUAUGGUGCAUGGGGUUAGUACUAAAUCGCCAUGCAAUGAUAGUUAUACCAUUUUCUAAUAUUAUUUAUGGACCAAAUUGGUCUUGUCGCCUUCCUGGACUUCUUCCACGGAAGGUGUUUAUUUUCGUUGGUACUACGAAAUUCGUGAAUGUAUUCAAUCCAGUUCGAUUAAAUUCGAACAAGUACGUGCGUGAUGUUCAGUUCCUUUGCUCACUGUAUUCUCUGUUGGUUUGGCAAUUAAUUGUACUGAUACAUCUUAAAACAGUGGCUGAGUUGUAACCUAUGAGCGAUACCGCUA